AUGCUCAAGCUACCAUUUUCGCAAAAGCUGGACCACGGAAGUCAUACUGAGCUGCAGUGUCUCGCCCUGCAGACUUCAGACGACGACUGCAAAACCAAUCAUGCGGAUGAGUGUCCGCGUGAUGCUUCGUCCCCGGAGGUCUCGACCGCUCAAGAGAAGACCUGCUCCAUUCUACGAAGCGGCGGUACGCCCAUGAUUUAUGUGCCGUUUAUUCCAGAGCAUGGAAAUCCUCCCAAAGGAAGAAUUAUAGACUAUAUCGCCAAUGGCCUUGAAUAUGUGGCGAUUUCUCAUGUUUGGGCACACGUUCUAGGAGACCCCAAAGCAAACGUUCUUUCCAUCAUACGUGCGGCACAAACCGCGUUCUGGGUUGAUACACUGUGUAUUCCUGUCGAUCCGGUCCGCAAAGAGCUCAGGAAACUUGCAAUUACGCAGCUGGCAAAUACUUUCCGUCAAGCCAGACAAGCAGUCGUGCUCGAUGCGGAUACACCGCGCUCUUCUAGGCGUUGCUUGACUUCUCUUCCUUCAUCAAUCUCUUUGACCUUUGAUCUCUUCGGUUCUCAAAUCCCAUCUUCUGCAGUCAACGCCGCCUUCAGCGGCGCCAUCACUAGGAUUCACCCUUUCCUCCAAAGUAAACCCGACGGACCCAUCGCGAACGAUGAAUUUCAGUACCGUGCUGUUGGCGGCAGUGUACAGAUUGGCGUUGAGGCCAUUCUGCAUCACGGAGUAUCAUGGCAGCAGUUGAAUUCUGUGCUGCGUCAGGCAUCCAGUUUCAUGAAUGGUGAUCCGGGAGCCGGCCGGCAGCAUAUGCAAGAGUUAUCAUUCGAGAUCAUCGAAGACGGGACCAAGACGGGGGAAGGGCUCGUCUCAUACCGCCCUUCCCGCGGCCUUCAAUUCCGAGAUCCUACACUGGUCAAUCUGACGAACGCAAAGGACACAAAGCUCCUGUUGGCUCCCACGGACCCCUUAUUAAUUGCGCUAAGAGCAAACACCAUGCCUUUCCGAAUACCCGACACUCCCUUCGCCCUAACCUUCGACGUGCUCGGCGACGCAAUCCCGAUCUUAUCGGUCUGGGCAGCCUUCGACGGCGCCCGCUCGCAGAUCAUUAGCCCUCUGGGUCAGCAUCCCUCCUCGCCCAUCCCUAACGACCAGUUCGAGCACGAGGAAGAAAGUGUUCGUAUCACUGUUCUUCCCGACACGGGGAUCAUCAUGACCUGGAAGCAGUUGUCGUGGAUCUUGGGCGGAAUGUACGCUUUCAUGACCGGGACGCCGGAACAUUACCAGCUUUUGACAUGCGAUAUCGAAUUCGUAGGCCAUGGAAAGGUGGGGUCUGCGUCGUCUCGUUGCCUCAAGUCUCAAAUAGCGGGAACCAUUCCAUUUCCCUAUGCCGAACACACCAACCAUCAUCACCUUCAAACACCGUGGAAUGUCCAUUCCAUGGCGCGAGCUCGACGUCGCAAUCUGAGUUGGCUGGAUCAGCUCGGCCCGUCAUGCAGGGAACAUGGUACAGAUCCGGUCCCUGGUGACCACUUCUUUCGAGCCCUAGAAAGUGUCCGCAUGACAAUCUCUACCAAUCUGCCUCACAUCAUGUCAUGGAGUCAGCUCUAUAACACUGUGUGGGGUCUGAUGCUAUUAGUGACUGGCGCUGACAGAGGAGACGAGCAUGAUCGGAUCCUGACUUCCGACGUGGACGCCAUGCUCGUAGGCAAGCUGGCGCGCGGGACACUGCGGUAUACUGUACCUAGAAUGGUGGAUCUUAAAGAGGUAGACCGAGCUUCGUAG